UCACUUUACGGGAGUAGAUGACAUGUCAACAAUAAACAUGGCGUCGAGCAGCAGCGGCUAUUGGGAAGAUCUACGGAAGCAGGCACGUCAGCUGGAAAAUGAAUUGGACCUGAAGUUGGUGUCUUUCUCCAAACUCUGCACAAGUUACAGCAGUGGCAGCAAUGGCCUGGGCAUCAACCAAAGAGCAAGGUCUGAUUCUACUGGGUCAUCACAUGACAAUUUGAUGGUGGCCAUGACCACUGAAAUUGAGCAGCUUCUUGCAAAAUUAGCAUCUGUAAAUGGCAAAAUGGCAGAAUACACAGCAGGAACUUUGCCUCAUAACGCAGCCUUGAUGCACACCUUACAGAGACACAGAGACAUUUUACAGGACUACACAAACGAGUUUCACAAAACAAAGACCAACUUCUUCAGCCUUCGAGAAAGAGAGGACCUGCUAGGCUCUGUUCACAGAGACAUCGAGUAAGAACCUUUUAAAUUAUGCUUGCUCAUCUAAUAACAGUCUGGUAUAACCUACAGCUGCUAGCCUUAUAUACUCAUUGUGUUUUUGCGCAAGACUCUUUACCCACCUUACAGUGACAGACUUUUAACUAUUCACUUA